GGCUGUCGCCUGUUUUUUGAUAUUUGUAUUUCAAGUCACAUUCACUUCCCAAAUAUUCAAUCAUGUCGGGCAAAGCUCUUAACAUUGGUGAUCAGUUUCCAAAUUUCCAGGCUCAGACCAAUGAGGGAAAUAUUGACUUUUACGAAUGGAUGACUGACAAGUGGGCCAUACUUUUCUCGCACCCGGCAGAUUUCACUCCAGUGUGCACCACAGAGCUUUCUCGUGUUGCACAAUUGAUACCGGAGUUUAAUAAGCGUGGCGUCAAACCGAUUGCCUUGUCUUGCGACACCGCAGAAUCUCACAAGGGUUGGAUCGAGGAUAUCAAGAGUUAUGCCAAGCUGCCAAGCUUCGAUUAUCCGAUCAUUGCGGAUAACAAGCGUGAAUUGGCUUUGAAGUUGAAUAUGCUGGAUAAGGACGAACUGAGUGCUGAGGGAAUUCCUUUAACUUGUCGUGCCGUCUUUGUUGUGGACGACAAAAAGAAGCUGCGUCUCUCCAUCUUGUAUCCAGCAACAACUGGUCGCAAUUUCGAUGAAAUUCUGCGUGUUAUCGACUCGCUGCAGCUAACUCAAACAAAGAGCGUGGCCACUCCUGCCGACUGGAAGCAAGGUGGCCAGUGCAUGGUGUUGCCCACCGUAAAGGCCGAGGAUGUGCUCAAACUGUUUCCGGAGGGAGUGCAGACCAUCGAGGUGCCAUCAGGCAAGAGCUAUUUACGCAUAACUGCACAGCCAAAAGACUAAAGUAAAGCACAAAGGAUUCCAUACAGACAAAUUUGAUUUGUAUUCAUUUUACACAAGUUUUAUUACAAAAAAUUAUAAUUAACAACAAAUGAAUUGUUUUACAACCGUUUGCAGCAUUUGCAAAAGUGGAUGACGCUUUGGACCAAGGCAAAAGCGUUCCCAGGGCCAAGACAAAACUUUCGUUUCUUACCAACUAAACCAAAAUUUGUAUUGCAUGUAUGCAUUUUGUGGGGAUAGCAGGGGAGGAAUGUGUUAUGUGUGGUGACUAUAAAAACAUACAACAUAAAUAUACAUAUACAUUUAGAUAGGAUGUAGAUAUUUAGUAUAUAUUGCAACUGGAUAAUCGUAGGAAACUAAAGAAUAAGGCCAACUCUGUACAUGAAGAAAAAAUAGUUGAAUGACGCGUAGUGAAGCGAAGCCAGACGAAGCUCAUUGA